GCUCCCUCCCCGCGCCGCGGCAGAGCGCGGAGCCCGAGCGGGAGCCCGGGCGGGAGCCGGCGCGGGAGCCGGAGCGGGCGGCGGACGACAGCACGGGCGGCGGCAGCAGCGGCCAGUCCCGGAGCGCGCGGAGUCCCCACCCGCGCCGCUCCGGCCCCUCUCUCGACGCGGGGCUCCGAGCAGCAUGCGUGUCCGCUGCCCGCCGGCCCCAGCCCUAGCCCUGGCCCCGGCCCUGCGGCGGAGCGCGCCCGGCCUCGACCCCGGCCCCAGCGGCAGAGGCGGCGGCGGCGGCUCCAGGCCGGCCGGGGGGGCAGAACCAGGCUCGUGGAGCCCGCGUCGCACGUCCUGAGCGCGUCCGCCCCUCCGCCCGCCGGGGCCGCGGCCUCCGCCUUCCCACUUCUGGGCCCCCGGACUGGGUCCGGCUUGGCUCCCACCCGCGUGGGGUAGACACACUGACCGCCAGCCCCGCGAGGGCGCGUGGACGGCCGGGCGGAGGUGUCGGAAGAGGAGGAGGAGACGGAGGAGGGGGCUGGGCAGGGGCUGGGGCCGGGCCGGCGGGAGAGACAUGCGAUUGGUGACCGAGCCGAGUGGACGGACGGCGCGCCCGAGAUGCAGGUGAGCGAGAGGAUGCUGGCGGGGGGCGCAAGGAGCAUGCCCAGCCCCCUCCUGGCCUGCUGGCAGCCCAUCCUCCUGCUAGUGCUGGGCUCGGUGCUGUCAGGCUCGGCCACAGGCUGCCCACCUCGCUGUGAGUGCUCGGCCCAGGACCGUGCUGUGCUCUGCCACCGCAAGCGCUUCGUGGCGGUGCCCGAGGGCAUCCCCACGGAGACGCGCCUGCUGGACCUGGGCAAGAACCGCAUCAAGACCCUCAACCAGGACGAGUUUGCCAGCUUCCCGCACCUAGAGGAGCUGGAGCUCAACGAGAACAUCGUGAGCGCCGUGGAGCCCGGCGCCUUCAACAACCUCUUCAACCUCCGGACGCUGGGGCUCCGCAGCAACCGCCUGAAGCUCAUCCCCCUGGGCGUCUUCACAGGCCUCAGCAACCUGACCAAGCUGGACAUCAGCGAGAACAAGAUCGUCAUCCUGCUGGACUACAUGUUCCAGGACCUGUACAACCUCAAGUCGCUGGAGGUCGGCGACAACGACCUCGUCUACAUCUCCCACCGGGCCUUCAGCGGCCUCAACAGCCUGGAGCAGCUGACGCUGGAGAAAUGCAAUCUGACCUCCAUCCCCACGGAGGCGCUGUCUCACCUGCACGGUCUCAUCGUCCUGCGGCUCCGGCACCUCAACAUCAACGCCAUCCGGGACUACUCCUUCAAGAGGCUGUACCGGCUCAAGGUCCUGGAGAUCUCCCAUUGGCCCUAUCUGGACACCAUGACCCCCAACUGCCUCUACGGCCUCAACCUGACGUCCCUGUCCAUCACACACUGCAAUCUGACCGCCGUGCCCUACCUGGCCGUGCGCCACCUGGUCUAUCUCCGUUUCCUCAACCUCUCCUACAACCCCAUCGGCACCAUAGAGGGCUCCAUGUUGCAUGAGCUGCUACGGCUGCAGGAGAUCCAGCUGGUGGGCGGGCAGCUGGCUGUGGUGGAGCCCUAUGCCUUCCGCGGCCUCAACUACCUGCGUGUGCUCAACGUCUCUGGCAACCAGCUGACCACCCUGGAGGAGUCCGCCUUCCACUCGGUGGGCAACCUGGAGACUCUCAUCCUGGACUCCAACCCUCUGGCCUGCGACUGCCGGCUCCUGUGGGUGUUCCGGCGCCGCUGGCGGCUCAACUUCAACCGGCAGCAGCCCACGUGCGCCACACCCGAGUUCGUACAGGGCAAGGAGUUCAAGGACUUCCCGGAUGUGCUCCUGCCCAACUACUUCACCUGCCGCCGCGCCCGCAUCCGGGACCGCAAGGCCCAGCAGGUGUUUGUGGAUGAGGGCCACACGGUGCAGUUCGUGUGCCGGGCGGAUGGCGACCCGCCGCCCGCCAUCCUCUGGCUCUCACCCCGCAAGCACCUGGUCUCGGCCAAGAGCAAUGGGCGGCUCACGGUCUUCCCCGACGGCACGCUGGAGGUGCGCUACGCCCAGGUACAGGACAACGGCACGUACCUGUGCAUCGCAGCCAACGCGGGUGGCAACGACUCCAUGCCCGCCCACCUGCACGUACGCAGCUACUCGCCCGACUGGCCCCAUCAGCCCAACAAGACGUUUGCCUUCAUCUCCAACCAGCCGGGUGAGGGAGAGGCCAACAGCACCCGCGCCACCGUGCCUUUCCCCUUCGACAUCAAGACCCUCAUCAUCGCCACCACCAUGGGCUUCAUCUCCUUCCUGGGCGUGGUCCUCUUCUGCCUGGUGCUGCUGUUCCUCUGGAGCCGGGGCAAGGGCAACACGAAGCACAACAUCGAGAUAGAGUACGUGCCCCGGAAGUCAGACGCGGGCAUCAGCUCGGCGGACGCGCCCCGCAAGUUCAACAUGAAGAUGAUAUGAGGACAGGGCGGGGGGCAGGGACCCCCGGCGCGCCGGGCAGGGGAAGGGGCCUGGCCGCAGCUGCUCACUCCCCAGUCUUUCCCACCUCCCCUGUGCCCCUCCACACACUCUUUCUCCCUCCCACCCCCGCUGCCCCCCGCCAGCCCUCACUACCUGCCCUCUUUUUACCAGGACCUCAGAAGUCCAGGCCUGGGGACCCCACCUGCACAGGGGCUUGCAUUGACAAACUGGAGUGAAGAGCCGACGAACAGACAGGCAGCAGAGUCAAUGAUUCAAUUAAAAAAAAAAGUUACGAACUUCCUCUGUAACUUGGGUUUCAAUAGUUAUGGAUUUUUAUGAAAACUUGAAAUAAUAAAAAGAGAAAAAAACUAUUUCCUAUAGCUAGUCGGAAUGCAAACUUUUGACGUCCUGAUUGCUCCAGGGCCUUCUUCCAACUCAGUUUCUUGUUUUUCUCUUCCUCCUUUCUCUUCUCUUCCCCUAUGGGGAGGGAUCACUCAGGAAAACAGGAAAGGAGGUUCCAGCCCCCACCCUCUGCCCAUUUGCUGGGGCGCCAUCAGGAGCAGGCUGGGUGGCAGGUCUGGGCGCUGCUCUGGGCUGGCUGGGUGCAGGGAGUGAGUGGAGGGGACAGGGCUGCCCAAUGGGGUUGGGGGCCUGUCUGCCAGGCAGCUCUACUGCGUGGAGGUUGGGGGAGUCUCAGCUCCCGUGUGGUUGGGACUCUGGACAGGGACUGGGGCCCUCCUGGGGGAUGGCACAGUCAGUGGAGAGAGCCAGGAGCCAAAGGCUGGCCUGACACCUGACCUCUGGCCCCAGCUCUGCUGCUCACUUGCUGUGUAGCCUCAAGCAGGUCUCCUCUGGGCUCCUCUGGGCUCCUCUGGGCUUCAGGGUCCACAUCUGUACAAAUGGGAGCAUUCCUUGCCCUGCCUACCUCACAGGGCUGUUGUGAGGGACUGAUGAGAUGAUGUAUGUGAAACACUUUGUAACCUGUAAAGCCUGUGCACACGUGUGGGUGA